AUGUUCUUUUCAAGACUCACUCCCGCGUUAAUUCUCGGUGCUACAGUCAAUGGAUAUUUAGUCCCAAGGCAGAGCGGCCCAGUCGACCCGGGCACCGCGCCAGACUGCAGGUUUUACGACGAGGCCUUGAAUGUCAUACAUGACUGUGCAUACUUCGAACAGAAAUGGGGCGUCAGCCACGCGAACUUUGUGUAUUGGAAUCCAAGUGUGAAAAACGAUUGCAGUGGGAUCAAGGCUGGCAACUCCUAUUGCGUCGAUGCAGAGAAAGAAGCUCCAGGGACAUCAUCAUCAUCAUCAUCCGCCCCCGGGAGCACAACAGCUACUGCUGGAACCACGACCACUUCAGGAGCAACGACGCCUACUCAACCAACUCCGACGACAAACCCGACGCCAUCGCCAACCCAGGAUGGCAUGGUCAACACAUGCGCAAAGUUUUAUCAAGCUGUCAGCGGGGAUACCUGUGACAAGAUUGUCAUUAAAUAUGGGACUUUUACCCUCAAAAAUUUCGUCACCUGGAAUCCCGCCGUCAAAGGCGAUUGUUCGGGGCUUUGGGCGGGAUAUUACUACUGUGUAGGUGUUCCAGGGACACCAACAGCUCCUCCUAGCACCACGAUGCCUCCCACACCCACCGCCCCAAGCGGGCCAUCCCCCACGCAGGGAGGCAUCAUUGCAACGUGCCGCCAGUGGUACAAAGCUGAGUCUGGAGACACUUGUCUGAAAAUUGUUGACAAGUACCGCACCUUUUCGUUGGCACAGUUCCAGAGCUGGAACCCUGCCGUCGGCUCCGACUGCACCGGGCUUUGGGCGGGAUAUUACUACUGUAUCGGCAUUCCAGGGACACCCACUCAACCUACAUCUACAUCUACAUCACGGCCUCCCACGACAACUACUCCAUCAGGACCCUCACCAACCCAGCCUGGCAUCAUUAGCACGUGUAACAGAUUCCACCAAGCUGUUGCCGGAGACUCAUGCUAUGUCAUCGCCAACAAGUACGGAACUUUUACUGUAGAGCAGUUUAUCAAGUGGAAUCCCGCUGUGAACUCGGAUUGCUCUGCCCUCUUCCUGGGUUACUAUUAUUGCAUCGGGAUACCAGGCACACCAACAAGCAAACCAACAAGCAAGCCGCCAACCACGCCAACGGGAUGUCCCAAUCCCAGUCUUCCAACGCCCACCCAACCAGGAGCCGUGUGCCAAUGCAAAAAAUGGCACAAAGUCGAAAGCGGCGACUAUUGUGACAGUAUCAUCAGAAAGUAUAACAUUAACGCUGAUCAGUUCCAUACAUGGAAUCCCCAAGUUGGACGAGCUUGCACAACUCUCUGGUUAGGCUAUUAUGUGUGUGUCGGGGCAUAG